UAGAUUGCAACUUACAAAAAGUGGUGAUUCUAGUCGUUAUGAGGUAUGGUUUAGUCUUUUUUUUGACCUAUUUAUACGAAAUGUUUUUUUGAGCAAAAGUUAGCUAGCAAAGAUCAGGUCUUCACAAUAGUUAAUUUAAUUACCUUGUACAACAGAUGGAGCGAGUCCCCGGGACUUAAAGUAAGAGAGUAAAAUGGAUGAUGAUCAUCAUCUUCAUCACCAAUACCACCAAAGCUACUCAGAUGGGCCAAGUGGGCUUGACGGAGGAAGCCCAGAAAGCCCAUUAUGUUUAAAGAACAAUCCCACUACAAAUUCCAAGAUUCAGCAGCAGCACCAUUCCCUCAAUACAAACAAAGAACAAGACAGGUUUCUUCCCAUAGCCAACGUUGGCCGAAUCAUGAAGAAAAUGAUCCCUGGAAACGGGAAAAUCUCCAAAGACGCAAAGGAAACCGUUCAAGAAUGUGUCUCUGAGUUCAUAAGCUUCGUCACUGGGGAGGCCUCGGACAAAUGCCAGAGGGAAAAGAGGAAGACAAUCAAUGGAGACGACAUCAUUUGGGCUAUCACAACCCUAGGUUUCGAGAACUACGUGAGCCCUCUCAAAAUUUACCUCGAAAAGUAUCGAGAGAUCGAGGGCGAGAAGCUGAACAUUCCCAAACAACAGCGAAGUAACGAUCAACAAAGGCAGCUUAUUCAACAACAACAACAGCAACAAUUAUUAUUAGAUCAUCAACAGGAUCAACAAAGUAGUACUCAUCUACUCCCCAACUUCAAUUCUUUGUAUUCGUCUACAAAUCUCAUACCUCAUCCGCCUUUUGUCGCCACAGAUCAUCAGCCGUUUCCGGGGUUGCCCGUGUUUUCGCCUAGUUCUAUUCCAAAGUUGCAUCCACAAGAUGUAGACUCAUGAUCGUUUGCAUGGGGAUCCGCAGAAAAAUAGUUAUGGCGGCGGGAAGGGUUCUUGGCAGCUUGGGGAUGUGUAUUGAGGAAGAAUGGAAUCGGUGGACUGUGCGUACGAUUCGAGGAUAAAGUUGUUUAAGUCUUUCAAAUCAUAUUUUCUAUGUAUUUUUCCGCAUUGGAGUUGUAAUGAAUUUUAAGAUCUAAGUCAUGUUUUAUUUUAUUUUCAAAACAAUGGGAUCCCAUACCCUAAUCGUAUUAUUUUUUUUUAUGUAUUUAACUUUUGCUUUACAGUUUAUAAUAAAGUCAUGGUUAUUUCA